CUGGACCCUGAAUAGUCUCCAUCUCAAGCCACCCGUGUCGGAUGGAAAUGCCUAGUUGGUCAAUAUGUCUGAUAGAGGCUUAACCCCCGCCCACGGUGAUCCGUCAUACGCAACUGAUCGGUCCCCCACCCCGGCCACAGCGGCAGGGUCCGACGAGCAGCAGGCCCGCAAGCGCACUGCAAGAGCCUGCGAUAGUUGCUAUAAGAGAAAGAUUAAAUGUGAUGCGGCUGUUCCGCAAUGUAACUGGUGCAGUCAUCAUAACAUCCCGUGUACUUUUGAGAGAGUUAUACAGCGACGGAGGAAAGAUCGGGGGAAUGGUCUUGGUACGCAGAAAACAGGUCGUUUGUCGGAGCGGCUGAGCAGGAUCGAGAAGCUCUUGAUGGAGAACUUCGCUGGUGAAUCACCGCCUGGAGGGUCUCCCGCCAACUCCGAGACUAGCUUACUGGAGGAAGUGGUGACCACGCCUCCCGAUCACGCCCCGGCAUCAUCGUCCGUGGCGCUGCAUUUUGCCGGCCGUGAGUUCGGAGUUAACAGUUUGAUCACCGGGAUACCGUUCCUACUUCCCGAGGGUCAGCAGUGGGUUCAGCAGCGGACGGGUCAGAGCAUUGCAUUUGAGAAAUUGAGUCCUGCCAGACCACCAUGGGAAAAGCAACGAGCGCUAAACUCCAGCGCGCUAUUGAUGAGUCUGCAGACGCAGAACCCUUUUGAGUUGCCUAACCAAUCGGUUGUCGAUAUUUACUUUGACUUGUAUCGGAGUGCGUUGAUGCGGCUUAUUUUCCCUGUGCUGGACUUUGUCUUGUUUCGUGAGACGAUCAAGGCUGCUUAUCAGCCGCAGAGCUCUAGUCGGUUUUAUAGACCUGCUAGCGCGAGGGCGUGUAUUUUCUCUUUUAUUGCGCUUGCUUCGAUAUUACAUCCGCCGGGGUUGAAUCAGACGCCGUCUCAUGUACCGCCGGUGGAUAGUGAGGCGUUUGCGGUCAAGGCACAAUGUUUACUGCCUCAAGUUCUGCAAGAGUCUGCUAGUUUGGAUGGGCUGCAGGCGACCGUUAUGCUGGCUAUAUUCGAUCUCGUGACAGGAAACUUACGUUCUGCAAAUUACUUCGUUUCUCUCGCGGCUCGCUUUAUAUACAUGCUAGGCGCACAUACACAUUCCCACCGACCCACCACGUCUCCAGCUGCGGGACCAGAAAGUCCUGAAGAUAGAAUACAGCGACACCUUCGAAAUGUAUUUUGGCUCUGUUUUAUUAUCGACAAGGAUAUUGCUCUACGAACUGGCCAACCCGUUGCGCUUUCUGAUGACAACUGUGAUCUCACGCUGCCUCCCGGUUAUGUAGAACAGCAGUACAUGGCUGUUCCACAUCCGCAGGACUCUCAAAAUUUACCUGAUUACCUGCUCUUCCCUGUCGAUCUUCGGUUGGGAAUUAUAAAAUCUCGGGCGUAUAGCUCAUUAUACUCGUUCAAAGCACAUCAAAAAACAGACGCAGAACUUUUGAAGGAAAUCCGCGAACUGGACGAUGAACUCGAGCGGUGGAGAAUCUCUGUUCCUGAAGAGUGGAGGCCAACAUUGUCGUUUUCCCAUGAACGACCAGAUCCGACUGUUAGCAUGCAUUCGGUCAUGUUGCGGUUAAAUUACCACCUGUGCAUGACGAUCAUUCACCAAGCGAGUAGUCGAUGCAAGGCCUGGGCCAUGGGUCAGGGUCAAGGUGCGAUGACAGAAGGAGUACGAUCGAGCUUAGCUCUGUCGGUGGAAGCAAGUCGCUCAACAUUGAUGUAUCUGGAGACAGCUGAGCAUGUCCUCAUGGACGGCGUAUUCUGGCACUUAAUCUUCUACCCCAUGUCCGCCCUCCUCGCAAUAUUCUGCAGCAUCCUGCAAACUCCCUCCGACCCCCAAGCCACAAAAGAUCUCGCCUUACUCCGCGCCGCAAUGGGUAUGAUGGAGCGGGUGUUUCUGCGACAGCUUUCCUCGGUAAAUGAGGUUAUUCAUAUUAGGCUUGUUGCGGAUUUUGUUUCAGAGCUGCAUCGGUUGGCGAAGUGUGCGGUUGAUAAGGCGUUGAAUGAGCGGUAUGCUUGAUUUUUGUACAUUGUCACUGGUGUUGGUGUUAUAACAUGGUUGGAGUUUGAGGGCAUAAAUAUAUAUCUGCACAUCUGUACGUAUGGUCAUACAACUAGACUGCCAAUGUUUGAGAUAAACGAUAUAAUUUAAUAACAAUUACUUCUCAAUGCC